GGGAAUCCUCUUUGAUGCCAUUAAGAGGUUAACAAGGAAGUUGAUUUAUAGCAACGUGGUUUCAAAUUCAGAGACGAAUACAUUAAGAGUACGGCAUCAUUUAUUCAUUUCGUUGUCGUACUGGUCUCGUGGAGAUGUUAUAAGUAUCUGCGCUUCUUUUCGUGCUGUAUAUGAAUAGCAACUCGAAAACACUCCUCUAUUUAAAGCCGAGUUCGAGAGUUUCUUUUUGGUUUUUCAAUCAUCUCAAUGGAGCGAUUAUCAAUACGUUGCAUUUUAAUAGUAAUUCCUAUCCUUUUCAUGUUGCAUCUUUGUCAAGCAAAAGAAGACAGAAAACGUGGAAAUCCCUGCAACACGCACUUUGAUUGUUCCAAGGCAAGAGAGAUUAUUAACGCUGAACGAACUAUGCCAUGUGCUAAUAGACAUGGAUUAUGGAUAUAUUAUUUUGAAGUACGUUGCAAUUUGACAGAUAAUAUUCUGACCAUUGAUAAUCCGUCUCUACCAUCUCAGAAAAUUUGUGGACCAGUUGUUACUAAAUCAGCUACUUCAAAACCAAUGCCAAGUUCCAAGAAUUCCACUGGAAUACAAAUAGCUUUACAAAAAUGCCAAGAGUACGGAGAACAUCGAUAUGUAUAUGAAUGGGAUCGUCCCCAAUUGCCGGAUGAAGAAGGAUGCUACCAAAAAAAUAUGGUCAGGUGUACAAAUCCGCUACCAUUGUAUCAAAAACCGCCAGCAAAAACUCAAGAAUUUCAUCAUAUGGCUCUGAUUGGUUAUGGAAAAGAAUUAAAGAAUGUUUCAUGGGAUUGCGACGGCGCUUUAAUCAGCGAAAAAUUUGUCAUGAGUUCCGCACAUUGCAGUGAAUCCGCAUUGGGACCGCCACAAUGGGUUUUACUGAAAGACGUGGUCUUUGGUUUACUAGAAGGAUAUAUGCCCAAAUCAAAAGUUUAUAGCAUUGUCAAAAUUCACGUCCAUUCAAAUUACAAGUCAUCGUCGUUUCAUCACGAUAUUUCGCUUAUUGAGUUGAACACCACUGUCACAUUCAGCCCUUACCUGAGGCCAGCUUGUCUGCAUACCCCAACUUCUGAUAUACCCCGUGACCGUAAUGCAGUCAUUACUGGCUGGGAAAGAACAGGCAUAGCCGAACAAACCAGCAACACUUUACUGGUAGCGGGUGUAGAAAUAGUAGAUCACCAUGAAUGCGAAGCAUCAUUUAAUGGAAAUGCCACCAAGUUAACACGCGUUUAUGAUUCAAGUACCAUGAUUUGUGGUCGAGAUGCAUACGCAGGACAGAGCUGGGAUUGUCGAUCAUUUGAAGAGAGCCACAUCAAGGCUGAUUCUGGAGGUGUGUUACAAAUUCCGUUGCGAGAUGAAAUUUGCCAAUGGAACAUCAUAGGAAUCGCAUCAUUUGGUACUGGAAUUUGCCAACAUAACAAAUAUCCGGGAAUGUACACCAAAGUGUCGCAUUAUGUAGAUUGGAUCCAGAGUGUAGUUUGGCCUUCACAAUAACAAAUAACUAGAUAACCUCCUAGUCCUACCGGCAACAAAUCUCUAAUAGACAUGAAUAUUUAUGGCUGUAACAGCUUUUCAGCUAUUCAGCUAUUCAGUUAUUCAUUAUUCAUAUUAAAGAUAUCUAUAAAAGUUAUUCAAAAAUCGUUUUAAAAAUUGUUACCUAUACAGAAUCUGAAGCAAUGUUUAUUGGUUACCUAUCAGCCAAAAUUUUCAAUAUCCAUUAGAAAUACUCUUACCGAGUCUUAUGAUAGCUAAAAUAUACCUAUCAAAAUCAGACUUAUUCAGUAAUUUUCUAACAAAUCUACAUCCAAUAGAUGCCUAAUGAAUACGAGUUCAUCGAAUUGUUGAUAUUUUCACACGAAUGUUGCAAUUAUAUUUUGUAAAUUGUAAUUAGUGUAUAAAAUAAUGAAUUGUUUCAUUUUAUUUUUUAUCGUAUUUAGGUAUUUAUUUUUAUUGUGUACAAAUUUUGGAGAAAAUAUUUCCAUGCAUCGUGGUUUUAUUUUGUUUUAUUGUAGAUUAUGAAGAGUAAUUAAAUUCUUCGUAAUUA